AUGCCUCCAACGCGACGUGCCCGCUCUCCCGCGGCGACGCCGCCGCCGCCCUACGCCAUCAAAGGGUGGCUGUCCCGCUGCCGCGGCUCAACGAGGAGCCGAAACGGCUGGCGCGGCGCCGCCGGGGCCGACGACGACCCCCUGGCCAUCCUGCCCGACGACCUUCUCUACGGGUCCAUCUUAUCCCGGGUGUUCUCGGACGCCGCCGACAUCGCCCGCUGCGCCGCCGCGUGUAGGCGCUGGGGUCGCAUCGUGGCCGCGCGCGGGGCCACCACCAUCUGCCGCUCCCUGCCGCCGCCUGACCGGCUUCUCCCCCACCUCGCCCUCGGCUUCUUCCACGGAGGCACGGACGACGGCAACACCAGGCGGAGGCGGCUAGCAGCUUCGUCGCAGCCGAGCCCGUGGUUCGUGCCCAUGGCGUCCGCCACCCGCCUCAUUGGCUCGCCGUUCCCGGGCCUCCUCCUAGGCGGCAGCCUUUUCCACCACGCGCGUCCGGUGGCGUCCCGCAACGGCCUCGUCGUCCUAGAGCUCUGGAGCGUGGGCGCCCGCCGUGCCGAAGACCUCGCCCUCGCCGUGUGCAACCCGAUGACGGGCAACGUGGCCCUUCUCCAGCCCCUCGCGGGCCCCGGCCACGACUACGCAUGCGCGCUGCUCACCGCCGACGACUUGCUGGAUGAACACGGACCGCCUGGCCCUCGCCGGCCGGGACUGUUUUUCAGCCUUGUCCUGGUCUACAACCGCCGCGGCUUCACAGCUCUGCGGUUCUACACCACCUCCUCGUCCUCGGACGGCGACGGAAGCUGGGGGCCGGAAGCCAGGAAACCAGGCGCCAAGAUUAAAGGCCACACCCUACGUCAUCUAGGCCAGGCCGUCGUGCUCGCCGGGGUGGCCUACUGGCCCAUGUACCUAGGGGCUCUGGGCGUGCGCCUGGACGGCGCUGGCGCGGGGGUCGUGGACGUGUGCAUGGUGCCAUACUGGGGGACAAACGCCCCGCCGGGCAACCGGCUGCUCGGCACGGUGCCAGACGGGAGGCUGAGCUUCAUCAGCGUGGGCGUGCUCAAGGACAUCUUUAGCUUCGAGGUUGACACCUUGGACUUGCGAAGCAUCGACGACAUGAGCACGGCGGCUGACCGAUGGGAGAGGCACAAAUUGAUCGACCUACACCAGCUGAAGGUGUCGAGGACGACGCAUAUCAAGUUGCGGUGGCUUUGUGAGAAGAGUGGCACGCUGUUCUUUACCGUCGUCGGGGAAGGUGCAAGCACAAGCGGCGCCUUCGCCUUGAACCUCGCGACGAUGUCGUUCGAAAAGCUGGCCGAUGGCGCCGAGUGCAACUCUUGGACGAGCUUCUGUGGAUAUGAAAUGGACCACACCGCACUCAUUGCGUCCAUCACAGCUCGCUUCACUUAG